AUGGAUACUGAAAGUUCUACAAAUUCAUGUGCAUCUUCAGCGGCGAUUUCUUCUCCAUCGAAAUCUACUGCAGACAUACUGUACCCUGCAGAGGGUGGAAUUAUAGCUGCGGCAAAUAGUUGGAUUACUUUGGAUACCUUCGAAAAUUACAAAAAAUUGGAUGCUGGUCCUGUAAAAAUCGAAUUUCAAAACUCGCAAUUUCUAGUUUUUGAUAUUAAUGUAGCUCGACACAUGCUGCAAGAAUUUCGCAUUACUGCUGAAGCAUUUGGAACUUCUAGUGAAUCUCGGGCUAGUAUUCGUAAAUGUGGAGCUCCGUUCGUUCUCAUGCCAGAACAAGUAGUUGGUAAACAUCGUGGUGUAUAUUUAACUUUGUUAUUAUUCAUCAUAUUGUCUUUUGGGCUUGCAAUGGUUGUACGAUUGAAAAGUAACCUGGAAGGUAUUUCUAACGAAGUGAAGAACAUCGAAUUACCGAAUUUCAAAUCAUCGCUUAAUGAUGAGGAGGAUUUGAGAAAGAGGGCAGAAAUAAUAGCAAAAGGUCGAAAAAUUAAAAGACUGAAACGUGAAGGAUUAAUUAAAAUAAAUCAUAUAUUUCGGGUUCGACGCCGUGAUGUUGACAGUGUGGAAGUCACUGCUUCAGAGGUAGACGAAACAUUGAAAGAACUUUCGAAGAUUCGUGAAUCCUGUCCGCCAAAGGAUAUUUGGUACUUUCCGUUAUGUGAUGCCAGAGAUGAUGCUUAUGAAAAAAUUGAAAGACCACCUUUUCCCAGAAGUUUGAAUUUUCGGCUUCGAUUGAACACAUUUCGUGAGUUGUGGCGUAGAGGCUAUUAUUUAACUUGUGGUUUGAAAUUCGGAUGUGAUUUUCUUGUGUAUGAAGCUGUUCCAGGUAAGGAGCAUGCAAAAUGGUUAGUGAAGUGUGUUGAUUCUCAAGAUUCUUUAUCAUCACUAGAUCUCAUAGCACUAUCUAGGCUUUCUUCUCAAGCUGAGGGUUUUUUAUCGUUAAUGUGUUUGGCUCUUUUACAGCUGUUCUACUCGUUUUUUAAAUCACUCGUUGGGAAGGAUGUUGUUGUGGAAUUAAAAAAUGACUUAAGCAUUUGCGGCACUCUACAUUCCGUGGAUCAGUAUUUGAACAUGAAACUAACAGAUAUCUCAGUGACAGAUUCGGAGAGGCACCCGCACAUGCUUUCUGUUAAAAACUGUUUUGUCCGUGGAUCAGUUGUACGUUACGUACAAUUACCUUCUGAUCAAGUUGAUACACAACUUCUGCAAGAUGCAAGUCGAAAAGAAAUAAUGCAAGCUAAAAGAAGUGCUAAUGCAUGA